CCUAUUGGCCCGUUCUCUCAGCCCCGCCCCCUAGGCCCCUCCCCUGAGCCAGGUGCUGCGUUCCACCCGUGGUUGCCAGGCAACGCCUCCAGCUCCAGCGGGGGUCUUGGGAGGCGGCGACACUCGCGCGGUGAGCCCACCGAGAGCCACCUCUGUCCCGCCUUAGCCAUGGCCUCGCUUCGCAACGCCGACCCCGCGCUGAGGAACUACUUCAAGGAGAACUACAUUCCUCAGGUCUGCGAGGCACUUUUAUGUGGUGUAAUUAUUACCCGUCCUGAGGAUCCACUGAGAUAUUUAGAGAAAAUGAUCAUGGUUAUCAUUGAAAAUGGCCUGGAAAGUCUUCUUUGGGAUAUGUGCAUUGAUCCAUCAUUGAAACCAAAAAUGCGAAGAUUGUCUGAAACUUACCUUGAACAACUUUUUGGACUGCAUGAUCAGCUGAUGACUCCAGAAUUGAUGAUAAAAGCAUGCACUUUUUACACUGGACGUUUAGUAAAGACCCAUUUUUGUGCGUGGAAAGAAAUGGCAAUACCUCAAGUAAAUGAAGAAGAAAUCCUGGCUGCAAAAAUGGAAAGGGCAAUAAGACAUUAUAAUUUUAGCCUUCAAAAAUCUUCAUUUCGUCAGUGGUGCUCUUAUGUAGAAAGGAACAGAGAAGAAAUUGAAGAUGCAGUACAGGAGAUGCAAAGCAUAUUCCAUCACCACAAGCUAAAAUCUUCGCUAAGAAAAUGGAAAGAUCAAGCAAAAUAUGUACAUCAAAAGAGAGAGGAUGACAUGAUAUUACAACAUGAACUUGAAUUGAAAAAAUGGAAAAGUAAGUCAGAAUUGAAAAUAACUGAGGAAACUGCAGAAGAACCUAUUUAUCUUAAGCAAAGUUCAUCUGAAGUCCAUCUUGCGGAUGACACUACACAAUGUGACAUUUCACUAUUACCUGAAAGAGCAAUAGUACAGAUUUUCUUAUACCUCAGUUUAAGAGAAGUGAUAACGUGUGGCCAAGUCAACCACUCCUGGAUGUCGAUGACACAAACGAACUUGCUGUGGAAUGCGAUUGAUUUUUCCAUGGUGAAAAGUAUAAUUACAGAUAAGUUUGUAGUGUCUACUCUGCAAAGGUGGCGUCUAAAUGUGCUGCGUUUGAAUUUCCGUGGUUGUGUUCUCCGAACAAAAACUUUGAAAUCCGUCAAAAAAGCAUAUGAUCUAUGCUUACUCCGAACAAAAAGAAUGCUAUACACAUGUGUAAAUAUCAAUUUGGGCCACUGCAAAAACUUGCAAGAGCUGAAUGUCUCUGACUGCCCCACACUCACAGAUGACUUAAUGAGACACAUUUCCGAGGGUUGCCCCGGAAUCCUGUAUCUCAACCUCUCUAACACGGCCAUCACCAACAGGACGAUGCGACUCCUGCCCAGGCACUUCCACAAUUUACAGAACCUUAGCUUGGCUUACUGCCGAAAGUUCACAGACAAAGGUUUACAGUACCUGAACUUGGGGAACGGAUGCCACAAGCUCAUCUACCUGGACCUUUCUGGCUGCACCCAGAUUUCAGUCCAAGGCUUCAGGAACAUUGCGAGCAGCUGCACUGGAAUCAUCUACCUGACCAUGAAUGACAUGCCCACCCUGACAGACAACUGCGUGAAAGCUUUAGUGGAGAAGUGCCGAUCGAUUGCAUCAGUGGUUUUCAUUGGUUCACCACAUAUCUCUGAUAGUGCUUUCGACGCUCUUUCUGCGUGCAGCCUCAGGAAGAUUCGAUUUGAAGGAAAUAAAAGGAUCACUGAUGCAUCUUUCAAAUUUAUAGUCAGGAAUUAUCCAAAUAUCAAUCACAUUUAUAUGGCUGACUGCAAGGGAAUAACAGAUAGUAGCCUCAAGUCACUUGCACCUUUGAAGCAACUGACCGUGUUGAAUUUGGCAAACUGUGUAAGGAUUGGUGAUACGGGAUUGAGGCAACUUGUUGAUGGUCCUUCGAGUACCAGGAUAAGAGAGCUCAAUUUAAGUAACUGUGUGCACCUGAGUGAUAUCACUCUUGUGAAACUCUCAGAGCGCUGCCUGAAUUUAAAUUACUUGACUUUACGAAAUUGUGAAUAUUUGACCAACCAAGGAAUUGAAUAUAUUGUAAACCUCUCUUCUUUGAUAUCACUAGAUCUCUCUGGAACAGUCAUUUCUGAUGAGGGAUUGAUAGCACUUUCCAAACACAAGAAACUGAAGGAACUUUCUUUAUCUGAGUGCGGCAACAUCACCGACGCGGGAAUUGAGGCAUUCUGCAAAAACUCACUGAUCUUGGAACAACUGGAUGUCUCUUACUGUCCCCAGCUGUCCGAGAAUACUGUUAAAGCGCUGGCCAUUUACUGCACCGGCCUCACUUCUCUCAGCUUAGCAGGCUGUCCGCAGUUUACAGAUUCAGCGAUAGAGAUGUUGUCAGCAAGGUGCCACUACCUGCACAUUUUGGACAUCUGUGGUUGCGUCCUGCUUACUGACCAGACCCUCCGUGACCUCCAGAGGGGCUGCAAACAACUCCGGAUUCUCAAGAUGCAGUACUGCAGGCAAAUUUCCACGGAGGCGGCUCACCGGAUGGCAUCGCUUCUUCAGCAGCAGGAGCACAGCUCUGAGGACCCCCCACUCUGGUUCGGCUACGACUGGGAAGGCAAGCCCCUGACAGAGCACCAGUCUCCGACCACGCCGCCGGUCAAGGAGGACGCCAGCUUCCUGGUGGAAGAGUCCUCAAACCCUGAUGAAAACGAAGAAGUGUGACCUCCAGCCUCGAGCAGGAAAAACAAACCACCGAGAGCUUGGCGCCCUUUCUUCAUCAGAUGUAAGUAUUUCUACUAGCUGGACCCCACAAACAACAAAACAAGCAGCAAGUCAUCUGAUUCUGAUUCCUGCUACAACUGUUUCUAAAUACAUCACUAUUUCUUCUGUCUAAACAA